AUGUCACCUAGGUCUCAAAGUCUGGCCUUAUUCAAUCAAACAUCAACAUCGUCAAGCAGACACUUCACCACCACUACCAACACCAAAACAACAACAACAAAGACACCGUCACCAAGUGAUGAUCAGGUGGACUUGGAAGAGGACGAGUCACACGAGGAUCAGUUCGCAGAGUCACGUGAUGAGAUGUUGAAGACUUAUGAAAGGGUCACUGGCAAGAAGUUAUAUUCCCCAGAGGCACGUGAACACACACAUCAAGUGUCGACUAUUAGGACUCAGUACGACCAUGCCCUCGAGCCUGGCGAAAGGGUAGUCGACACUCUGGUCUCGCUGGCAGGUCGUAUCAAGUCGGUGCGCAUAUCCAGCUCCAAACUAUCAUUCAUCGAUAUCGUCGCUGAUGGCCACUCGAUUCAAGUCAUGGCCGACCUCAAGCAGUACGCCGAGCCCACUCACUACGCUACAAUCAUCAACACAAUCAGACGAGGCGAUUUUAUCGAGGUGCGAGGCACACCGGCCAAGACCAAGGUCGGCGAGCUCAGCAUCAUCCCCAAGGAGAUCAUCUUGCUCACACCCGCGCUGCGACCCAUCCCCACUCGACUGAUCAACAAGGAGGUGCGCUACAGGAACCGUCACCUUGACUUCUUGGUCAAUGGACCAAAGAUCAGAAACGCAUUCCUCAUCCGCUCGCGAAUGAUUGCAUUCCUGCGCAACUACCUGGUGGAGCGCAACUUCCUCGAGGUUGACACACCCAUCCUUGCGACCAACGUCGGCGGCGCCAACGCCAAGCCCUUCAAGACACACUCCAACUCUUUGAACCUGGACCUCUUUCUACGUAUCUCACCUGAGCUCUACCUCAAGCAACUGGUGAUCUCAGGCUUUGAUCGUGUGUUUGAAGUUGGCAAGCAGUUCCGUAACGAAGGCAUUGAUCUCACACACAAUCCAGAGUUUACAACAUGCGAGCUCUACCAAGCCUAUGCAGACUACAACACAAUGAUGUCACUGACCGAGGACUUGCUAUCAAAGAUGGUUUAUGAUGCAGUUGGAUCAUACAAAGUACCAUUGCCAUCAAACAAUGAGAUCAUAAUCGACUUCACUCCACCCUUUAAGAGGAUACACUUCAUUCCAAAGAUCGAGGAGUUUGUUGGAAGGAGUCUACCAGCUGACUUGGUAUCACAUGAUUCCAUUCCAGAACUAUUGAGCAUAUGUAGAGAGCAUGGAGUUGACAUUGGUGCACCAUACACACCUACUAGACUGUUGGAUGCAUUGGCUUCACACUUCCUGGAGCCACUGUGUACUCAACCAACAUUCCUCAUUGAUCAUCCACGUGCAAUGAGUCCACUUGCCAAGCUACAUAGAUCAAAUCCACAAUAUACAGAGAGAUUCGAAUUGUUUGUCGGUGGAAAGGAGUUGGUCAAUGCGUAUACAGAGCUGAAUGAUCCAGUGGACCAGAGGAGUAGGUUUAUGGCUCAGAGCCAGGAUAGGUCAAAGGGUGAUGACGAAGCACAGAUCAUGGAUGAGGGCUACUGCAAGGCCAUGGAGUAUGGACUGCCUCCAACUGGUGGUUGGGGACUUGGUAUCGACAGAUUGUGCAUGUUGCUCUCCAACAAUGUAUCAAUCAAGGACGUCAUCCUCUUCCCAACAAUGAAGCCCCUCGCCCAACAACAGGCGGCUGACACAAACCCUGGUGUUGAACCAUCAAAUAAAGGCAAGACUACAGCUACCGCUGCUCAGUCCAAGGAGUAA